AUGCAAGGGAACCCAGACCUCCACAACCACAGGACCAUCCUCGUCGAGAUCAUGCGGGGGUUUAACACCAACGUUUACAUCGCAUUCUAUUUUAAUGAGAAGCCGGUCAUAGGCUUCAUAGCGGACAAAUACGAGGAAUUCUCCUAUUGUGCGUCUACGGCAUGUCAUAAGAAGACAGACAUACGCCUGCGCAUCGGGGAGGAGAUGCUCGCAAGCAUGAUCUUCCUGGUAACAGCCGACAAGACCAUGGAAUAG